AUGAAAACGUUCGUCAGGAAGUUUAACGUUAUCCCGAAAUUCUACAGCUUUAAAAUGACGAAUUCUACGCAGUUACCUCAGACUUUUGAUGGGACUAUUGAUCUAGGAAUCAUUGGCGGUACUGGUUUGUACACUUUGGAUUGUUUGGAACCAAUUGCCAUUCUUCCGUGUAUGGAAACACCUUGGGGUAAGACUUCUUCUCCAAUCACGGUGUCUCGUGUAAAAUCAGAUGAAACUGAGCAUUUCCAUGUGGCCUUUAUUGCUAGACACGGUGUGAAUCAUGAGUACCCACCAACAAGGGUUCCAUUCAGAGCUAACAUUGCUGCCUUGAAGAACUUGAAAACCAGUGCUAUUUUGUCCUUCAGUGCUGUCGGUUCUUUACAACAGGAAAUUAAACCAAGAGACUUCGUGUUGCCUCAACAAAUCAUCGAUAGAACCAAGGGGAUCAGAGAGUCCUCUUACUUCAACGAUGAAGGCCUAGUUGGGCAUGUUGUGUUCGGUGAACCAUUCUCCAAGUCAUUUGCUGAGUAUAUUUAUCAAUUCAAAGAUAUUCUGGAAAACCCAGAGUCUGAAGAACCUUGCCUGUUGCACUACAAUAGAGAACUAACCGUUGUCUGUAUGGAAGGUCCCCAAUUUUCGACCAGGGCUGAAUCUAAGAUGUACCGUCUGAUGGGUGGAGAUGUCAUCAACAUGAGUGUGAUCCCUGAAGCGAAAUUGGCUCGUGAAUGUGAAAUUCUAUACCAGAUGGUUUGUAUGUCUACCGAUUAUGAUGCAUGGAGAGACGAAGAAGAACCAGUGUCUGUACAAACUGUUAUCCGUAAUUUACAGAACAAUGCCAAAAAUGCUAACCAUUUGGCAUCCCGGGUCAUUUUAGAAAUGGCAAAGCAACUUCCUGAAUUUAUGAACAACGGUGAUGGUCUAAAGGAUGCCAUGAAGUACUCCAUUUCAACAAAACCUGAAGCCAUGUCUCAAGAUGCCUUGGCCAAGCUAAAGUUUCUAUUCCCAAACCAUUGGUAA